AUGGAAGAGGCUCAAAAAGCCGGGAGUUCCCAAAGGUUAUUUCUUGCGACCGGAUCACGGAAACCUCUUGCGAGUGAAACCAUCUGGGAUCAAAGAAGCGCGGCCAACUUCAGUGAAGAAGAACGCCUCAACCGCUGGGUCGAGUACUUUGAACAGUUCUCGUGGCGACCUGCUACCUGUCAUCUGGAUCCUCGAGCUUUAGUAGAAACCUGGACUACAAACCUGGAACCUUCUACAGCUUCGGAGUCAUUGGUUGACCUCCCCUGGUUGGUUUCUACCCUUCCAAAGGUUGUGCUAACAGAGCUUUUCGAGGAAGCCGGUCGACUAGAGUACGGAGCACGUAGCCAAGCCAGCGAAACCUAUGCAGUGUGGCGUACUUCAGCAUUACUGAUCCGAACCGUUGUUCGAACUCGAACUCUAGACUUCUAUCUAGGCUUGGGUCAUCUGGCAUUAUUCCAGCCGUCGUGCUACCUUCAGGUGGCAUGGCAGUUAAGCACCGAAAUGGCUUUACAACUGAAUGCAUCUGGCAUAUUCCAGCCGUCGUGCUACCUUCAGGUGGCAUGGCAGUUAAGCCCCGAAAUGGCUUUACAACUGAAUGAUUUCUCCUUCCCCGUCCAUAUGUCCUAUUUUCUCCGAAGAACGCCUUUAAAGAAACUAUGGUUGUGCGGCAGCGCAGCAUCAGUUUUGGGCGGUUAUGUUGGAUGGUCAUCAUAUGUGCUGGGUUGCAUUAUUUAUUUGUCUACGGCAGUAUGUAUGAAUCUGAUGGAAACAGCUUGUGGGGACGAUGAGUACGGAAGUGCUUCAGUGUGCAACUUUAAUAUGGGCUAUACUCUUGUUAAUCAUUUCAUGUCCAUAUUUCCUGUUCUCCCACUUCCUUUUCCUAACAACAACACCAAUGUCACCGAAGCAGAUGAGUUUCACUAUUUACUACCGGUGUAUUACCAUCGCUAUCUUGUUGUGGAGACAUCUUCGCUUUGUAAGCAACAUACGACGUUCUUCUGUCCGAGCCAUCAACAUGCGAGUGUGUUCCUCCACGGAAGCGCUGCGUGCUCUUCUGGACGACAAGAAGUAAAUGCCAUAUUAUUUUCGAGCCUUCGAGACAGGUUGUUGUUAGUUGUUAACUUCAGUGCUGACUGGGCUCCUCAAUGUACCCACGUUGCCGACGUGUUGAAGGUACUGGCAAGCGAGCAGGAAAAUUCAGUGGUUGAAUUCGUCGAAGUUAACGCGGAAUCGGUGGCAGACGUGUCGAAGGAACUGAAAGUUGAUUCGGUUCCUACAGUGAUUCUGUUCAAAAAUGGCACCGAGGUCCGUCGUAUCUGUGGGGCGAAUAUCGCGGAGAUCACGAAAGCGGUGUCGAAUCUUUCUCAUCCGGACACAAACGGUGAUGUAGAACUUGAUUCACUAGAUCUAAACACUCGACUGCGAAACCUCAUUCGACGUUCUCCCGUUAUGCUGUUCAUGAAAGGCACUCCUUCUCAACCACGUUGUGGAUUCAGCAAGCAAAUCUUGGAAAUUUUAAAUUCACUGAAUGUUUCGUUCGACACUUUUGAUAUAUUGACCAAUGAGGAAGUUCGGCAGGGAUUGAAAACGUUCUCCAACUGGCCAACUUACCCUCAACUGUAUGUUAAAGGUGAGCUUAUUGGAGGCCUGGACAUUGUGAAGGAGAUGGCCGCAUCCGGUGAACUGGAAGAGGCGCUAAAAGUUUAAUAUAUGCAUUUGAUCCAAUCAGAUUCACAGUGACCUUACUGUGAUUUUUGGAUAUAAACUGUCCGUAUCUGAUUAACUUUUUCAUGUUGCUUUCACUGGGAAGGUGUUUAACGAUCU